AUGGCCCGUUCAGGAGGAAACUCUGGAAGGAUGUUGAAUGAGAGAAAGCGCAGCUCUGAUCAUACCAUCAAACCCCGUGCUGUGAGAGUCCAUGGGCAAGCAAAGAGGGAGAGCAUGGGGAGCAAAGAACUUGCCACGCACUGUGAAGAUGGUGGUAAUAGUGAUGAAGAUGCAAAUCCCUCUGGAGAUCUACUAACUACCUCAGUGAUGGAGCUUUCUGUUCUGGAAAGGCUAGGCUUGCACAGGGCAGCUUUGACAGAGCAGGAUGUGGAGGCAGCCUUUGCCCAUCUGGCUCUGGCCUCCCGCUGUGACAUGUUCACAUUAAGGCAGCGAGUGCAGAUAGAGGAACGGGCCAGAGAUGCAGCCGAAGAGAAUAUUCAACAGGAGCUGGAAGAAUGCCAGAUGCUACUGCAGAAGCUGGGCCAGGUCUGUCUGGACUCCAGGUGCACGGCAGUGAUUGAACAGUUGAAGCUCUGUGUAACUGUCCUAGCAAGAGCGAUCGAGAGGGCAACAGUUGCAGCAGAGAAACUAGGAGCAGUCCAUCAGGAGGCACGCAUGAGCUGGGCCACAGAAGUGAUGGUGCAGCAUGUGGAAAACCUGAAAAGGCACCACUUGCGGGAGCACACAGAGUUGGAGGAGAUGAAAAGGCUGAUCCAACAGAAUUCCCGGAACCGGCAGCUGGCAGAAAUCAGGGACGAUGGUGAACAGAGAUUGAAACAUCCUCCAAUACGAACAUUCCAACAGGGAUCAGUUCGUCGGCGAAUCAGCAUUGCAGUUGUUCCCAAACAGGUGAUGCAGUUUCACAGUCCUGCAAGUGGACAAGGCUCUGAGAGGGAAGCAGUUCAGCCAACAUCAGUGACAGAGAAGAAACCAGAAAGACAAUUGCACUGCCUCCAGGAAGACUCUGCUGAUAGUUACUUUAUCCUGCACAAAGGAUCUCCCAGUCCCUCCCACCAGAGUCUUCAUGGACCAAACAACAUUGAGUUUGGCAUGGACAGAAGCCACUGCACAGAGGGGAAGGAAACAGAAUUUCAGAAGAGAAGUACUGUUGGCAAGACUGAUGAGAAAAAGUCCAACGAGGAAUCAAACUGUGAGGACCUUGAUGAAGAAAAUGAGGAAUUAGAGCAGAAUGCACCCAUGUCCAAAGGAUCUAAAAUGGAGCAUUGCAGAGCCUGGUUCUCUAUGCCUACGUACUACUGGGUUUUGUUGUGGCUGUUCUUUCUGGGAAUUGUUUGCCUGGUUCUGAUCCGAAUCAUGGAGAUACAGAAGCAAUAUCCAUUUCCAUCCUCUAACUUUUAGGUGCAGGAGGAACAGGAUAAACUUUGCUGGGACUUUGCACAGAGUCACAGAUGGUUUAAAUAUAAGAAAUCAAAAUA